AUGGCCGAUAAGCAGUACUAUACACCUGGCACUGAAUACAGCAGGUAUGGCGGCGCCACCAGUCAGCUUCCCAAAUUAGACGAUGAUCUCGGUCAUGCAGGGCCACCCCCUCCGCCAGGAUCCGGACAGUUUAUACCUCCACAGCAGACGGUCGCUCAGUAUUCCUGGUACGACCCUCGCGGCUGGUCGCUACGAAAAAAGUUGAUCAUCGCAGCCGUCAUUAUUGUCAUCAUCAUUGCGGUCGUCGUUGGUGCAGUCGAAGGGACGAAAAAGAAAAGCUAUCCUGACUAUUCCAAGCUCGAUUACAAGCUGGUGGAUACGUAUUCGGGCAACUCGUUUUUUGAUCGGUUCAAUUACUACUCCGACGAGGACCCCACUGAUGGGUUUGUCCAAUAUGUCAAUCAGUCAACAUCAAACUCGUUGAAUCUGACCUAUGUUGGCGAAGACUCCGUUGUGCUCAAGGUGGAUACAUCCAACAAGAAUGCAACCAAAGGGAGACAGUCUGUGCGUCUGGAAUCAAAAACAAGUUACGAUAGUGGACUAUUCAUCUUCGACAUCAUCCACACGCCUUACGGCUGUGGCCUGUGGCCAGCACUGUGGUUAACUGAUACCUACAAUUGGCCCGAGAACGGGGAGAUCGACGUAGUUGAGACGAAUAACCUGGCCACCGAGGGAAAUGCCGUUACAUUGCAUACAACCAGCGGUUGUAAGAUGAAUGUCAAGCGCAAGGAGACCGGUACGCCAAAUUACGUGACCUGCGACAAUAGCACGCAUAGCAAUGCUGGAUGUGGCGUACAAGGCUCGCCAAGAACGUACGGACAAGAAAUGAAUGAAAAUGGCGGCGGGGUUUACGCUCUGGAGCUACGGGAUGCCGGAAUCCGAGCUUGGUUUUUCUCACGCGAUUCCAUUCCCGACGACAUUUCGAACUCGAGCGGCACGCCAGACCCAUCGACAUGGGGGACUGCAUUGGCUGACUUUCCCAACACUCAUUGCGAUAUACCAUCUCACUUCAAAAAUCAAAGUAUAAUUGCCAACAUUGAUCUCUGCGGACAGCUCGGUGGUAACAAGGCAUUCUAUACGGAACAGUAUCACUGCCCGGGCACAUGCGAAAGCUUUGUUCGCAGCAACCCUGGCAACUUUACUCAGGCGUACUGGGAGUUUGCAAGCUUCAAAGUAUAUCAGGCUAGUUAG